GCGGAGCGCGGAGCGGGCGACAGUGACGGGCGGCGCGAGCCCGCAUCCUCCUGAGCGGCGCGCCGCGACGCCAUGGAGCCCACCGUGUCGCUGGCCGUGUGCGCGCUGCUCUUCCUGCUCUGGGUGCGAGUGAAAGGGUUGGAGUUCGUGCUCAUCCACCAGCGCUGGGUGUUCGUGUGCCUCUUCCUGCUGCCGCUCUCGCUCAUCUUCGACAUCUACUACUACGUGCGCGCCUGGGUGGUGUUCAAGCUGAGCAGCGCGCCGCGCCUGCACGAGCAGCGCGUGCGGGACAUCCAGAAGCAGGUCCGGGAAUGGAAGGAACAGGGCAGUAAGACCUUCAUGUGCACGGGGCGUCCAGGCUGGCUCACCGUCUCACUGAGGGUUGGAAAGUACAAGAAGACUCAUAAGAACAUCAUGAUCAACCUGAUGGACAUUCUGGAGGUGGACACCAAGAAGCAGAUUGUGCGAGUGGAACCCUUGGUGUCUAUGGGUCAGGUGACAGCUUUGCUGAACUCCAUUGGCUGGACCCUGCCUGUAUUACCCGAGCUGGAUGACCUCACAGUGGGGGGCCUGAUCAUGGGCACAGGCAUCGAGUCAUCAUCCCACAAGUAUGGCCUGUUCCAACACAUCUGCACUGCAUACGAGCUGAUCCUGGCAGACGGCAGCUUUGUGCGCUGCACGCCGUCUGAAAACUCAGACCUGUUCUAUGCCGUGCCCUGGUCCUGUGGGACCCUGGGCUUCCUGGUGGCUGCCGAGAUCCGCAUCAUCCCUGCCAAGAAGUACGUCAAGCUGCGGUUCGAGCCAGUGCGGGGCCUGGAGGCCAUCUGUGAGAAAUUCACCCAUGAGUCCCAGCGGCUAGAGAACCACUUCGUGGAAGGCCUGCUGUACUCCCUAGAUGAGGCUGUCAUCAUGACAGGGGUCAUGACAGAUGAUGUAGAACCCAGCAAGCUGAAUAGCAUUGGCAGUUACUACAAGCCGUGGUUCUUCAAGCACGUGGAGAGCUACCUGAAGACAGACCGUGUGGGCCUUGAGUACAUUCCCCUGAGGCACUACUACCAUCGCCACACGCGCAGCAUCUUCUGGGAGCUCCAGGACAUCAUCCCUUUUGGCAACAACCCCAUCUUCCGAUACCUCUUUGGCUGGAUGGUGCCUCCCAAGAUCUCCCUGCUGAAGCUCACUCAGGGAGAGACCCUCCGCAAGCUGUACGAACAGCACCAUGUGGUGCAGGACAUGCUGGUGCCUAUGAAGUGCCUGUCGCAGGCCCUGCAUACCUUCCAAAAUGACAUCCACGUCUACCCCAUCUGGCUGUGCCCGUUCAUCCUGCCCAGCCAGCCAGGACUGGUGCACCCCAAAGGAGAUGAGGCUGAGCUCUACGUGGACAUAGGGGCGUACGGAGAGCCGCGGGUAAAGCACUUCGAGGCCAGGUCCUGCAUGAGGCAGCUGGAGAAGUUUGUGCGGAGUGUGCAUGGUUUCCAGAUGUUAUACGCCGAUUGCUAUAUGAACCGAGAGGAGUUCUGGGAGAUGUUCGACGGCUCCUUGUACCACAAGCUGCGCAAGCAGCUCGGCUGCCAGGAUGCCUUCCCCGAGGUGUAUGACAAGAUCUGCAAGGCUGCGAGGCACUGAGCGGGGCACCUGGGGAGCCAGCUGCACGCGAAUGGACUUGGCUCUCCCUCGCUCCAGCAUCUCUGCUUCCCCAGAUUUCAGAAAGAGAUCCCCUCCAGAAAUCCCCGAGGCAGCCCGAUGGCCUCCAAGGCAGCUCAGGCAAGUGGAGGCACAGUGGGAUUUGGAAUCAGACAGGCCUAAGUCCCAGUCCCACAUUAGCCAGUCAUUAGCUGUGUGACUCUGACUCUGGGCUCAUCACUUGGCCUCUGUGUGCCCCAUGUUUAUCUGCAGAAGGAGGUAAAAAUACCUACCUUCGGGAUGUCACCCACAUAAAAGGCCCACCGUGUGGGAGGGGCUUUGCAAGUGGUAGCCAGCACCACUGUUUCCAUUCAACCUCACGCCUGACUCCUGCUUUGGAGUCCAGAAAGGCUCCCCACAGGUCGUCUGCACAGGCUGGCACGAUGAAGGGGUGCCGUGGAGUUUCACCUGCACCGCCUGCAUCAGCCACAGGAGCCCUUCGAGUGGGCAAAGGACAGUCCUCCUUCCCCUGGGACUCAGGGGGACCACGUGACGGGCAGGCCGGCCCAGGAUGUGCUGUGCCAAAGCCAGGUCCAGUCCAAAGUUCUCUGCUAUCUUUGGGCCAUCCUGCCCCCUUCUUCCUGUGGCUCAGGCCCGAGGGCUACCCUGGCCAUCCCUGAGCCCACUCAGGACUGUUCCUGGAAAGGACAUCUCAAGAGGGGAAGCCUAGCCUUUCUGGGCUUUUCUUCUUGACACCCAUCAUCCAGGCCUCUAGAAUCCACUGCGUCACAACGUGAGCACAUGCUCUUGACUGUGUCACAUGGGGCGGGGUUCCCACACUGAGCGAGAAAGGGGUAUCUGCCCUGAGCUACUGUGAGGACCCUCCCUGGGGUUGGAAGAAAAGCAUCCAGGGUCACUCAUUCCCCCCCUCCCCAUUUUGUUCCCCCUCCCCCGGCUCUAGUUAAUUUCAGUGCCUUACAAAUCCUAAGCUCAGAGAAAGUUAGCUCCAUUUCCGUUCCCAAGGGAAGGGCCUCUGAGGUCCUUCUGCCUUGUUAAUGAAGCGUGGUUGGUUGUACACCCCCACGUUCAGAACUUCCUGGCCUGGCUGAAAACCCAGAGUCUGAGGGGGGGGUGUCGAGUUCUGGAAGGGAACUCGAGCUGAGCUGGUCACAGUCUCCUCCCCCACCACCCUCCACCUCUAUGCUGCAGUUUUCUCACCUGUCACAUUGGAACAUAAGAACUCCUGAAGUCUUUCUACCUUCAGACAAUAGGCUGCGAAAGCCUUGAGUUAUAAGUCCGGGGAACAUAAAUGGCCCAGGUGACAGUUAGGGACUGUCCCAUCAUCUAUAGUCCUUUCCACCACCAAGCCAGCUCCCACGUCAUUUCAUCCGCCUGGCAGGGGCCAGAACCCUUAGAGUCACAUUUUAACUGAAGGAUGCUCUCUGAUGCGCUGAGGGCUUGGCACACUGCACAGUGCUGCUCUGGUCCUGUGAAGGCUGGUGCACGCGUGACAGUUGGAAGGCAGAGGAAUCACCUCAUCCAUUUGGCCUGUGAAGCAAGUAACCACACUCUGCUGUCUGAACAGCACGCAUUCCUGGCAUGGGCUCUCCUGGUGGUCUGUGUGCAUCCUUGCUCUCGCAGACUGAUGACUUUGCUUGCGGCAGAAGAAUGGUCAAUGCGAGCUAGGUUAGCUAGUGUCUUAAAGCAUCUUAUUCCACCAGUCAGGCCUCCGUCCCAAAGUCAGUGGGUCUGUGGCAGUGGUGCCAGCAACCCGUGUCGCUCUAACCAAAAUCCAGCCCUCUACAGACACUCCCCAGGACCUGGGAAGGGAAGAGGUUUUGAAUCACAUUAGUCUCUGGUUAGUGUUGGCUCCAGUAAUAUCUUGCCUGAGAAGUGGCCUUUGUCUUCCAAACAUGGCCGACUGGGUCCCAGCUUUGUCUCCUAGCCAGUCCUGUCGUCAUCCAACCACAAAGUGGCUAAGUGAAGAGACUUUGCUGCUGAGGGACGUGCAUGUGGGAAGUCAAAGAAAGCCUGUCCCCUCCAUGGCUCUGGUUUCCUGGCUGCAUGAGGGUGUUGUGUAACAUGGGAGUUGUAGCCACUGUCUUUGGCUAGAAAGCUGAGUUGGCUGUUACUGAACAAGAAGGGGAUGGGUGUGGCAGUGUGUGCUGUGUGGGUUUUGUUUGUUUUGUUUUGUUUUUAAUGUGGUCAUGGGAACCAAGGAGAAGGCAUGGAUCCCUCUUUGCAGGCUUUGUAGCCUCAGGCACUGUGCCUCCUCUCCAGAACAUGUGGUCCUGGGACCACCACUUCUGUAAAAAUAAAGUAUGGCCUGGAA